UUCUAAUCAGAUGAUCUCAUGAAAAAGGAGAUUUGGGGGGUGGGGGUAUACGCUGCAUCAUUUAAGUACUGCAGCUGAUGUCAUUUCCUAAGUACCAUAAUUGGUCAUCAAUGACUCUUAAAGAUGCGAAGGAUGGCUCAAUAAACACACACACACGUCCCCACGGGAGAUGUAGCUUCACUGAUCCAUUGAAACCUUAAUUACCCGUACCUCUCUCUCUCUCUCUCUCUCUCUCUCUCUCUCUCUCUCUCUCUACACACACACACCUGUCAGGAGGGCAGCUCCCACUGAGCGCCACAGCGUCGCAUUUUUUCCCGCUCACCUAUACACACACAUUCGCACCUCUGCUGCCGUGGCCCCUCCCAUACCGGACUGGACCGAUAAAUGGGUUAACUCUGUCUCCAGGAGUAGCUGUGAUAAAUGCACCGGGAACGUCGGGAGAUUCCUUCCCCAUCCCUCCGCUGUUUGUUUGACCGAUCUGCGCUCAAAGGCACCACCGUCUCCUCUCCGCCGUGUUGAUUCGACAGAGUAGAUUGAAUUUUAAAUCGUGAUUUAUCAUUUUAUAAGAGGCGACGGGCAACAGCAGCAGCAACAGCAGCAGCAUCACCAGUUCUUAGACCCAGACCCGUGGGCGGCUGGGUGGCGUCCGUCUGGGCGAGCUGAUAGGACGAAGAUUUGGCACUCUACCUACCAACUGCUUCAUCCAAAAAAAUCAAGACAUGGCGAUGAGAAGUGAGAUGUAGAAGACGGAUGGGAGGCCAUUCAUGUUGGUCUGGGCUUCAGCUGAAACGGACAAAAUCUCCCAGCACCAUUACCACCAUCCCCUUCCUCCACCUCCUCCUCCUCCACCUCCUCCUCCUCACCUAACCAGUUGAUAUUUUUUUGAAAUAACUGUCUAAAAAGUGCGGAGCACAUGACACACUGGUAAAUCCCCGAGGCAGGUCCCACUCACAGACUGAAUGAGUCCAUCUUUGGCUGUUGGACGGACUCCACAAGAGCACAGGACGGAUGCAAACAGACUAAACAUAUUUUGGCAAUUCCAAACACCCUCAGCAUCUCCGCCAACGGUGUUCUAACCGAGCGGGGUGAAUCUCACACCGGGGGACCAGUCGUUUCACAGGCAGGGAGAAGAUGCCAUUCCACCAUGUGCGGGCGGGCCUGCUCUAUCCAGACAACUACCUGAGCAGCUCCCUGACAGAGGGCAGCGAAGCCUUCCAGCUCACCAGCAUCUCCACGGAGGAGCUGGGAGAGAUCCGUGAGGCGUUUCGUGUUUUGGAUCGCGAUGGGAAUGGUUUCAUCUCCAAACAGGAGCUGGGCAUGGCCAUGCGCUCCCUGGGUUACAUGCCCAGCGAGGUGGAGCUGGCCAUCAUCAUGCAGAGACUGGACAUGGAUGGGGACGGCCAGGUGGAUUUUGAGGAGUUCAUGACGAUACUCGGGCCCAAACUGCUGUCGUCCGACAACAGAGAAGGAUUCCUGGGCAACACCAUCGAUAACAUCUUCUGGCAGACCUUAGGGGGAGACAGGAAGAGAGGGAGAGCCAUUGUAUUGAAAAGAGAAAGAUGGAAGAGCAGGAGGCACAUCAUGUUUGACAUGCAGCAGCUGUCUCUGGAUGAGCUGAAGCAGGUGCUGUUCCACGCCUUCCGGGACCACCUGACAAUGAAGGACAUAGAAAACAUCAUCAUCACCGAGGAGGAGAGCCUCAAUGAAACCUCAGGGAACUGCCCUGAGUAUGAGGGAGUCCAUCCUAAGAAGAAGAACCGUCAGACGUGUGUCAGGAAAAGCCUGAUCUGCGCCUUUGCUAUGGCUUUCAUCAUCAGUGUCAUGCUUAUCGCGGCCAAUCAGAUGCUGCGGAAUGGCAUGGAGUAACCAAUUGCACUGUGAGCAUGGGGAGUGGACAGAACAGCCAUGACCUCACAUCUUGUCUUUGCAGCCAAAGCUGGACCAGCCACACCCCGAGCACUUCUCUAAACAAUCAGUUGAGUUUUUUUGUUUUUUUUUAAGUUGAAGUUGAACUUACACGUAGAAGCAGACAAUGUGGGUGAAAUGAAGAGAGAUAUAUUUGUUCUGCAUUGAAGAUGUCACCAUGUAGAGUUACUGGACUUAUAAGCAAACCUGAACUGGAAAAGAAUGAUGUUUUUAUAUAAAUAGUUUUUUUUUGUUUGUUUGUUUUUUUGCUGUUGUGAAGACAAAAAUCACCCUUUAAACUUGAUUUUCUAAUUACUGAAAAUGUUUAUCAGGUGCUUUGAGCCAUUCCUAAUUUCAAAAACAAACUGGUUAUUAUGGUAACAUAUAUUUACCCUAGAGAAGAAUGUGAACUGAGUGAAUGUUGGGCACAGUAUUUAAAUGCAUAGUAAACCCCACACAUCUCAUAGAGUCAUGUAUGAACUUCACACUUUUUGUAUAACAUCAGCAUCCUCAGUUCGGUCCACUAAUCAUGGGACACGUGAAUUUUUUUCUGUGUAUCUACAAGGAGCACAACUCAAUACUCAGUGAGGGACCACUGAAGAAUCACCACUGUCCCACUGUCACUACUCUUUAGUCUUAAUGCUGAUUGGUUGUGUGGGUGUGUAAAAUACAGUGCAGUCCACAUACGCAGUGUAGUAAAACGUGAAGAAGAUUAAAACAUCAAAUCAGAUGACAGUGGAGCUGUGGCUUUGGUCAAGACCAGGCUGAGAAAUGUUUUGAUAUUUUUAGUCAUGUAUUGGUAGAAAAUGUUUCACCUCAACAUUUCAUUGUGAUACUGCCCAAUUGUGGUAAUUAUGAGCCACACAGAAGCAUGCUAAUAUAUACACUGCCAUACCAAACAUUAGAGUUUUCCACUGAUUUCACUGUAUAUAUAGUAUUACUUAGCUUGUGUAAUGUAUUAUCCUUCUCAACAGCAGAAUGUAUGAAGGGUAGAAACUAGUGAGAUAAAUCAGGGAUAUACAGUAGAGCUGUGAAUAACUGUUGGUAUAGCUGUUUUCCAGGAAAAGGUUGCAUUCUAGUGGUUAAAAUAAGAAAUGCAGCUAAACGCUUGAACAACCAUGUUUACAAGGUGUUCAGAAGUCAAGAACAACACCACUGAAUUUGAGCUUUGACAUGCGUUGUGUGCGUCUCUGUCGCAAGGACAGUCUGGAAUAGAGUCAUUUUAUUCCACAACCCAAAUUACGUUGUCACGCCAGUGUGCAGCUCAGGAUUGGACGAGAGACUGAAGGUGACUGCUGCUUGUACCUGUAGUAGUUUUGGGGUCUCAUAGCUAUGUUUUAUGGUUCACAAGUGAUAGCACUACAGUUUUAUAAAGCUUGCCAGGAUUAAAAAAGUUUGGCAAAGACCUUGGAGGAGUUUACAAUCAUGCUCCUCAUCUUUUAUAACGGAGCCUCCCCGAGGUUGAACAUCACAAUGACACUACAGAUUAAAUUUAAGGACGUUUUCUAUUUUAUGUAGGGCUGGGCGAUAAAGACAUGUCAUUGUUUAUCUACUGUCAGAGGAUUAUAGUGUCAUAAUUACAUGUUCAUAUUUUGUGACUGUUUUCCAGAAAGUCCAAACAAAGGAUUGGAAGCAAAUUACCACUGAAAACUACAGUUACCUGAGAUUCUGUUAAACACAGAAUACAGGGUUGGUGGAAAACCAUUUCUAUUAUUUUAUAUGUGAUUAUUGUGUUAUACAAUACAAAUAUUUUCAAUAAUGUAACAAUUGCCUGGCCCUGAAGAUGCCAUAUUUGAAUUUGAAAUCUUGUUGGUGGUCAUUACUAAUGACUGCAACAUUAUAUGCCAUAACAGCAACACAUAUGGAUUCUUAAGUUGCAUGGUGCUCCCCUUGGACAUUAUUGGAUUGGAGGCUGGUUUAUUUACAUUAAUACUUUGGAGCAAUUUGUUUGUUUUCUUGUCUUUUGCAGGGAUUGGAUGACAACAAAACUAGAUGUUUAAAUUAAACUAGUGUACAACCACAUGAGUUUAUAUGCUAUCCGGGAUAGAGGGAAUACAAAGGAAGAGGGCUUUCUUUUAAAAUGAAAAAAAAUAGCUUUGUAAGAUCAAGUAUCAUAGCAAAAAUGUAUUAUACUGUAAAUCAGUAUGCAUGUUGUUGUUUAGAUUUUCAUGUCUUUGAAAGACAGGGAAAUUCAUUUAAUAUUUCUUUGUGGUGGCACAGCCUUGGUUUUAAUGUAGGUAUGUAUGUACUACUGUCACAUAUUUGACUUUCCAGUUUACACUGUAAUAGCCAUUUUUUCUAGUUUCUACCAGCUAUUAAUCAAAUCAGAGUGCAGGAGAGGGCAUUUUCAUAAAUAUGCAAAUACAAGGUCACAUCAUCAUCAUCAUCAUCAUCAUCAUCAUCAUCAUCAUCAUCACCAUCGUCAUCAUCUCUGUUUCACUUCAUCUCGGAUAGAGUCAGUAGGCUUCACUGUGGAUGGUUAAAAUGAACUUUGAAUACAAUAUAUUGUGUGUUUUAGUCAAAUCACUGCCUCAUAGUCUGUCUGUAUUACCUGCUGUAAAAUGUAUGCUACACUUAUCCUCGUAAGUCAGGUUUACUGUAUGUCUUUGAUAUUCUCAGCACAUUGACAUUUGACCAAUGGACCAUGUUUUCACCUUUGUCUAUUAGCGUCAUGGUCCUCUUAAAACCAGCAUAGACCACUUUAUCUUACCAAUUAUCUAAUAAUUGUGUCAUUCAGAGAUCCUUGCAUGGCCAUGUGAGAGGAACUCAUUUGAAAGACCUUUUAUCAACACUUUUGAAGUUUACAUUAUUAUACUGUACAUCUGUAACAGGACGGAGUCAGUUCAUGAUUUUCAUGUUUUUGAAAGUUGCUUUUGAGAUUUGUUUUUACCAAAACAUGUUUUUACCUUGUAGAUUGUAUAGAGAUAAAAAUUCAACACAGAUAUGUAAUAAAACCUUGGCAUGCUGCUUAGAAAAUGGAGAACGAAAACAGCAAUAGUCACCAACUGAAUGGAUAUUUAAAAAUGCAAAUAACAUGUUUAAUCUGUUUAAUCUAAAAAAAAUAUCCAUAUAUGUUUAUGCAAUAAAACCUUGUUUUGAUAGAAA